AUGAACUCUCCCAUUCGCUCCUCCUAUGAAAGUCUGGAACCAAAUCCAAGUCUGUACAAUUCGUUUCUUCUGUGUAUCAAUCGUUUGCGGACAAAAAGUCUAAUGUCAAAAGAGAACAAAAUGCGUCUGAUGUGGACAAAAAUUGCUCACCGAACGAAAGAACAAAUUCGACGAAUCAUUUUUCUAGCCAAUGAUCAAUUUUGGACUGCGGACCGACAAGACUCUAUCGAUUUCGUUCCUACCCGUCGUAGAGGUAGUCGACUCUUGCAUUCCAUUACCCUUCGACGUACUGCUUCCAGCCAACCUCUUUUGGAAGAAAACGCUCCGACGGUUGAUGACCCCAGUACAGAAACACGCAAUAUUUCUUCCUCCUCAUGUAAAAUAGAUAAACCUGAGACCUGCCCAUCUCAUGCUGAUUCCCGUGUGGUUCGGCCGACCAUGGGCCGGAAACGAAAAGUUAUCGGCCGUCCCCGAACUCGACCGAAACAACGUGCCUUGGCGUGUCGAACCCGUACGUUCGGUUAUCGUGAAAUAUCCGCUCACACUCGAAGUUCCACUCAUUCGCUAUUCUGUCUGGCCGCAUAUCAUCAUCACUGGGAUGAUUUUGAAUUGUUUUUAGAUAUUGGAUUUGAUCUGAAUGUGGUCCAAACCUACUUCGAUGAUUAUUCCUCUUCGGACACAAUGCGUCUGCAUUUCACCUCAGUUAUCGAUCUAUUUCUUCAUGUGAUUCAACAAAAACAAACAAUUGAGUACACUGGCAAUAAUCUGUUUGGGAACAACAGUCGAAACGAACGAUCAAUCUUCCCUCAGCUUCUGUCGAUGCUACUAAACAAAGGUGCUGACGUACGUUUACUGAUGAAAUCGGAAAGGGAUGACUGUUCCUUUGGUGGUAUACAUCUUUCGCGUAUCAGCAAACUCUUCCAAAUAGCUAGUACCCAACUUUCUGAAAGAUUCGCCCCCGAUUCAUCCCAAAUAGAAGAGGAUUUGCAGAUCGAUGCGGCAGGAAUUAUUCGACAGUUACUUCAAUCCGGGUUACAAGUACCUCUGGGUAAACAACAUAUCUCCGACCUUGCCGUCCAACAUAAAUUUACUUCCCCGUUGUAUACUGUGCUUCUGCAGUGUUUAUCUCGAAGCCACGACAGAUUGCACGAGAACGGAUUCUCGGCCAGUUUGCAGUCGUUCAUUAUUUUGUGGCUAAAUGUGAUUUAUUCCAGCCCAAGCUGUGAUCAGUCGUUCUUCUCCGUGCCCACCAGUGAGUUUCACCACGACAAACAUAUGCUAGCCUAUCAUGAUGUCUUCCAACGGUUUCACAGACCACCAAGACUGUUUUUUCUAGCACGUAAUGCCGUGCGAAGGUUGAUUGGGACACGAUGGUUUCGUCCAAUUGUGACCGAAACCUAUCUCAAUCCAUCCCCGUGUAGGAAAAUAAACACAGAUCCAAUUUGCGUGCAGCGUUCUCAAGCGCUCCGUGGCUGGUUAAGCUCCCUGUCCGACCCGUUGCGACGAGCGGUAGCUUAUCUGGAAGCAAAUGAUCUACGUUACGAGUUGCAGUGUAUUCGACUCGUGAACGUGACCGAUUCGGAUCCCUUAGCGUCCCAGAGGAGCAUUCAGACAAACAAUGAAAGCCUUUGA